AUGCAGAAGACCUAUCCGUGUCCCAAAUGCUGGAGAUCCUUCAACGAGAGAGCAAAGCUGAUGGUGCACGCAAGCAGUCACAAACAAGAGAAGCCAUUGUCCUGCACCCAAUGUGGCCUGUGUUUCAGCGACCAGUCCUACCUUCUCAGCCAUCAGAAGGUUCACACGGGAGACAUAUUGUCUUGCGACGAAUGCGGCGACAUAUUCACGGAGGAAUCCUACCUCCUCCGGCAUCAGAAGGUGCACACUGGCAAAAAAAUCUAUUCCUGUUCGGAGUGCGGCCGGUGUUUUCCCAUGGAGUCCAAUCUUAUUAAACAUAAACUAGUCCACUCGGGGGAGAAGCCCUACACCUGCCACAAGUGUGGGAAAAGCUUUAGAGAGAGGCGCAGCCUUUGGGCCCACCGCUUUCAACACCAGAAGCGUUUUUCCUGCCUGGCGUGCGGGAAGUGCUUCGUAUCCAAUUACGCUGUCCUCCGACACCAACGGGUUCACACGGGGGAGCGUCCGUUUACAUGUUCCGAAUGCGGCAGGAGCUUUUCGUACCAAUCCUGCCUCAGGACGCACUGUAAGAAGCAUUCGGGGGUAGAGUUGAAGCCGUACACCUGCUCAGAAUGCGGCCAGGAUUUCAGUCGCAAGUCGGACCUCUUCAGCCACAAGAGGUUCCACGUGGCCGAGGAGCCCCACAAGUGCUCGGAGUGCGGGAGAUGUUUCGUAAGCAAGAAGAUCUUACAGAGGCACCAGAGCAACGUUACCGAUGAGACGAGUAUGUUCACGUGUUCUGAGUGCGGAAAGUCCUUCCCGUGGAGGGGCUGCCUCAUCUACCACAAGAGCGAACAUAACAACUGGAAGCCAAGGAGAUGA